AUGAGAAUAGAAGAGCUGCAAAGUAGUCUAGAGGCGCAAGAGUUGUGUCUGACUAAAAGAACUUCUGAGAGGGAAGUUAAGCAGGCUCUAAAGGCUUCUUUUGUCAAGAAGGACCAGAAGCUGAAAAAACAUGGUAGGUCGCAGAAGUCAGAAGUCUUCUAUUCUGAUGAGGAGAAACAUCAGAAGGGAAAGGAGAAGUAUGACAAGAAAAUGGUUCAGUGUUACUGUUGUAAUAGGUUUGGCCACUUUGCUAAAGAUUGUUGGUCAAACAAAGAAGAAGCAAAAAUAGCCAGAGGAGAUUCUGAUGAUGAACCUGUGCUAUUAAUGGCUUAUGAAUCUGAUGAGGAACCUGUGAAAGAUGACUUUGAAGAUUCUGGAGAAGAUUCAGAAUCUGAGGUUUCUGAAGAUGAGUCAGAGUUAGAAGAUGACUCUGAAGCUGAAGACAAGUCAGAAUCCGAAGGUGAUUCUGAGUCUGAAGGAGAAUCAGAAGAUGAUUCAGAAUCUGAAGAAGAUUUUGCUUAUGAAGAUAAGUCAGAACUUGAAAGUUCUGAAGGCGAGUCAGACUCUGAAGAUUUUGAUGAUGAUCAAGAAUCUGGUGGUGGUCAUGCUUCUGGAAGGGAAAGCUCUGAAGAUAUAGGUUUUGGAGGACAAGCUUCUAAAUAUGAUCAUGUUUCUGGUGUUAAUCAUGACGUUGAAGGUGGAACUUCUGAAGGCGGAGCUUCUGAAGGUAGUCCAGCUUCUGACGGUGGUCAUGAUUCUGAAAGAAAAGAUUAUGAAGUUGGAACUUCUAAAGGCAGAGCUUCUGAAGGCGAUCCAACUUCUAAAGGUGGUGGUUUUGAACAAGACCCAGAAGUUAACAAAGGUGGAACUUCUGGUGGUAGUCAAACUUUCGAAGAAAAUCCAGAAGGAGAUAUAGUUCCAGAAUCAGAAGGAGAUUCUGAACUAUUGGCACAACAUCCUGGCCAUCUAACUCUACCUCCACAAAUGCCUUGA